AUUUUGCUUAGGCCUCAGAUGAAUAACAGUACCAUAAAAAUUAUGUUUUAUCAAUUUCUUGUUGAUACAGAUGAGAAGAGGUUGAGGGUUCUGGAGCCACCACGACCGACCACUAAAAUAAUUGAUGGCUCCCAUGAAGGGCUCUCUUGGCCUUAGCUCCGUGGCCUCAAGACGACGCGCUUCGGAAGGUCUAGUUUCUGGGGAAGGCGAGUGUGAGGGCCGUGGUGGGCUGGUGGAUGGUGGGCUGGGUGUGGAGGAGGGGCCGUUCUUGCGCUGGUUGAGGCGGUGGCCGGCAGGGGGCAGGAAGGCUCAUUGCCAGCUCAGACUUCAUACAAGUCGCUCCGGCAAGGAUCUGCCUUCAGUUAUAUUGCGAAUGUGCGCAAAUGGAGUGAAUUACCAUACCGAUUCUUCUUGGAAAGCACGUAAUUUAUUGCUGGUUUGGUCUGGUAGCUGCAAAUAAAAACUAAAUGGAGUGUCAGCAGAGUAAGAUGGAGGAUGCUGGAAGAGGAUGAUGAACCCAAGAGGGCUUCAGGAGAAACAAAACCAGAGUUGAGGGUUGCUGAAAGUCAGACAGACAGUCCUGAAGAAGAAAUAGAGGAAGCCAAAGGAGGAGAGGACAAAGAGAAGCAAGAUCAGGAAGAGUGUGAGGCAGAAACAAGUCAGAUCCAAGAGGAAAAGGAGGAGGAGGAGGAGGAGGAGAAAAAAGAAAAAACAUUAGAGAAGGAGGAACAUGAAGACAAAUCACAGAUAAUAGAGGACAAAACAAACAUUGAUGAGCAGGAGACCAAUGAGGUGAAGAUUAAAACAGAUGAGCAACAGAAGGAUGCAGAAGUUGAAGAAAAAAGAGAACUACCACAGGUAAAAAGUGACAAGGAAGACAAUAGCAAAGAAAAACAGGAGGGAGAUAAAGUUGAAGACAUUAUAAAAGCUAUUUCAGAGCAAUCAACAGAAAGUAGUUUGAACAAGGAAGCAGAAGAGCAGACAGAAGUGUGUAAUAAAAAGGAAGAAAGUCCAGAAGUUACUCAACAGGAAACUUCAGCUUCGCAAGAUAAUUUGGACAAAGAUUUACCUCAGGAGAAUGUUGGUGUGGCUAAACAGGUGGUGGAGGAAGAGGAACAGGAGCUAGUGAGUAAUGCUUCCUCUGACCAACAAACCAAUGCUGCAGGACUUGACCAGACUCCAGAAGCAAGGUCUGAAAAAGUAGAAGAGGAAGACAUGCUUGUGGAGCCUUUGAAGGAAGAGGCUGAGGAAAUGGCAGAGUCUGAGGAGUCUAAUCCAACAUCACAAAAGAUGACGAGCGAUAAAAGUGGAAAAGAAGAAACUGUGCCAGAAAUAAUUAAUAAGAACACCACAGAUGGCAAAGAGAAAAUCAAUACUGAUCAAGAAAUGGAAGAUUCUUCCAUAAAGGAGGGUGAAGCUGCACAGGAGGAUGACAAGGAGGAAGGUGUUGAUGUGGAAAUGAAUGACACUGAGCAAAACAAAAAUGGUAAUCCAACACACACUGAAACAGCAGCUGAAAAAGGUACUCCGCCUCCUUCCGGUAAUGCUGAUUCAGAUGUAGAUGUGGAGGACCUGGGAGAUGCGGGAAAAACUUAUACUCCAGAGAAAGGUGGAGAAGAUCUCAAUGCAGAAGAUCAAGAUGAAAAUUAUGAUGAACUCAAUGACUCUGAUGAUGGCCUAGAACUAAAAAUUUGUAUUGAAGGCAUCACAGAGGUUGGAGAAAAUGCAGAUGAAACCAGUGAGGAGGCUGCAGAAAGUGAAGCGAAAACUGGAGAAGAAGGGGAAGACCAGGAAACAGAAGAAAUGCCACUGUGUGAAGAAGCAAUGGAAGUUGACGAAGCUAUGGAAGAAGGCGGAAAUGAUGAUGAUGUUGAAUGCGAUGAAGUAAAUGGACUUGGUGCCAUAGAAGAUGAUGAGGACCUCAAUGACGAGGAAUUUAUAUCAGAGGACACGACCAACAGCUCCUUCCAAGAUGGCGGCUCCCUCCCACAGUGCCGCUUGAAACGUAACUACACCUGUGUUCACUGCGGCAUAAACACACAGAACCCAAGGGAGUACUUGUACCACCUUCGCGAUGACCAUGGCGAAAAGAUGAAGGUCUUUGAGUGUUCACAUUGCAUUUAUGCAUCCAAGAAUCACCAGAAGCUUAUUCGUCAUGCAAGAAUGGUGCACAAAGUGAAGAUAAAGAAGCAGGAGGCCAGCCCGUGCAAGCCACCAUCCAAGCCAUCAGGGAUUGCUCCUACAACAAACAAGCUAACAAGGGCCAGUGUGUCCCCAGGAAAGUCCUCCAGAAGUAGUCCAGGCAAGUCUCCAAGAAGUAAUGAUUCUGCACAAGAUGAGUGGGAUGUAAUGGAUGAGGAAGAUGACCAAGAAUUUGACCAAGACGGAUCACCCAUCAAGGGUGAUGAAAAGAAACUUUACUUCUGUGAGCAGUGCUCGUAUUCCUGUCGAAGUCGUAAGCUGUUAAAUAGACACGAGACAUCUUAUCACUUGAAGCGCAGGUUUUUCCGCUGCGUCAAGUGUAAUUACGUGACCCACCUGAAGGGGCGCUACACCAAGCACUUGAAGUACCACCAGCUGCCGAUCCUCAAGUGUGACUUCUGUGACUUCAGAACUCCAUACAGAUGGAAUUUGGACCGUCACCUCAAAAAUCACACUGAGGAGUGUGGGGAGUUCAAAUGCCACUUGUGUAAUUUUACUGCACAAAUCAAGCAGAGCCUUACAGUGCACAUAUCAAAUCAUCACCUAACCUCAGAGCAGAUUCGAGAGAGGGAGAGGCGACGAACUAUAGGUAUUAGUGAUCCUGCCGACUGUGCCUUUGAUGACCAAGAGAUGGAAUUGCUGAGACUGGAGAGAGAUGAGCAUCCAGACGCUCUGAUUCCACCUGGUUAUGAUGGUCCAGACUCUCCCACGGCCUCUGAGCCUCCACACGGACAGCACAACGGUAACAACAGCUUCCGAGUGUCCAAUAUUGAUGUUGGUGGCCAGGAUGAUUCUCAGGUCAAUGCAGAUGAUGGCAAAGAUGAAGAUGGAGAACCCAAAAGGAAGAAACCAAAGAUAAAGAUAACUCUAAAAAAAAUGAAGGUCUCCAAACCUAAAGACACAUUCUUUCAAGAACUCAAUGAACGGCACAACUUUGAGGAAGACUUUAUCCACCCAGACGAUGUGGUUCACCGGCAUGGUAAUGUAUAUAUAAAAAAUUUCAAGUGCCGCUUCUGUACCUUCAAGGCAGCCUUCAAAAAUGAGAUUAUGCGCCAUGAGAAGAAGGUUCAUUCCACCCCCGGCCUCAAGGCCAUCGGUCAGGCAAAGAAAGCAAGGAAAACCAUAAAAUCAUCAAAAGUACUGAGAUCCUCUUCUAGUGAUGAUGUGCUCACUCAAAUCCUUCAGUUUCCUCAGAAUGAGAAUAAGAAUGAGUCAGCAGAAAUAAUCCCUGCAGAGUGUCUUCAGAAGUUGAGUGAAACGGAAGACGCCAUGUCUAAUGUCAGAGAUGAUGAAGGUUCCAGCAAAGACAAAGAUGAAGCAGAAUCUGAGAAUCUCAACGAAGAUCAAGAAGACUCAAUGGAAGCUGUGGAUGAACAAUCACCAGAUUCCAAAGAGACAUCUCCUUCUAAGGACUCAGCAAAGAAGAAAAGUUUGUCCUUCUUCGAAAAACUCCAAGAGAAAAUGCCAACAUCAAAUGUUCAAAAUUUGGUUUGUCAGUUUUGUGGCCAUGAAUCAAAGUGCCUCUCUGAGAGUGUGCGCCACCAAAAGCUUCAUCUGAGUGCCAAGAACAUAUAUGCUCCAGCCUCCCUGUCAACAAGAUGCCAGUUCUGCCGACACAGAUGCAAAACUACAGAUGACCUGAUGAGUCACUUGAAACUGUGCCCUGAGGCUCGAAAGAAUCAGAUCACUGACUCAGGAAGACGAGCCAGUGGAAGCCGUCUGGAUGAGAACGAAGACUCUCAGUGUAGCAGUGAAAGGGGAGAAAAUGCAGACUAUGACGAUAAUGAUGAUAAUGAGGAGGACAGCAUGAAUGAAGUGGCUGAUAAAACUCCUGUCUUGGUAGAUGGAACAAUUGUUAAGAGGGAGGACAUGAAGCAUCCCAUGGAGAACAGAGUAUUUGUUUGGAACAACAUUGAUAAGUCGGAUGAUCAAGAAAAAUCAUCGGUUGAGAAACGAGAGAAAGUAGAUAGCGGAAGCAGGAGGAGCUCCACGGAAAGCAAUAAGAGGAAACGCUCAGGCUCCAAGAGUCCCGUGGAUAUGGAAGGUUCUCUUGAUUACUACAUUGAGAGCCCCACACCCAAGGGCCACCACUACUACACCAAGCGGGUCUACAGGUGUCCUCAGUGUAGCUUCUGGGCCACCACAGCAUCAAGGUUCCAUGUGCACAUUGUUGGUCACUUCAACAGAAAGCCCUACAACUGCUCAGAGUGUGGCUACAAAUCCAACUGGAGGUGGGACAUUACCAAGCACAUCAAGCUCAAAACCUCUCGGGACAGCAGCCACCAAAACGCUCGGGUCCUUAUCACUGAUGAAACGGGAGAAAAGAACUAUGAGAAAUAUGACUGUUACCUUGCAAUCAUUCAGCUUGAUGAAACUAAUGCACAUCGCACUGAAGGGGGGAUCCCAACCAGAAAGGGCCGACCCAAACGAACCCCCGAGAAAGACGAAGUUCCUGAACCAGUCACUCCGUCUGCGUCUCCAAUCCGCAAGCCUCCGAUGGUAACCAUACCAGUCAUGCCACGCCUGCAGGCCAUGCCACGCCUCACCAGGGCUCCAGGCCGCUCUACGCCAACCUCUCGCCCUGGACCAAUGCCAUUUGGCCCCAUCUUGCCGGGGGCUCAACUGAUGGUCCAGAUUGCAGGUAGUCGGGCAUCCGGCAGCUCUAGCCCAAGACCACCUCCACCCUUAACCCCAAAAGGGGCCCUGAAGUCUGGUUCCUCCUCGCCCUCCUCCAGCACCACCACCACUGCCACCACCAAGACCACCAGCUCAGGGAACACGGCUGUGACCAACCCGGUGGCUGGAGGGCAGUAUCAAAUCAUUACACCUCAGGGGUCGGUAAAUACUAGCUUGGAGACACUUCAACUCCUGGCAUCUGGCUCCACCAACUUAUCUAAGCUUAAGAAGCAGCAGAAAAGUUCUCUGCUGGACUCAGAAGAGAAAGACAGUAAGGCCACACUAAGCCACCAGAUGAGAUUCCUAGCGUGGCUGAACCUCCUGAUGACAGAUGCAGAGGAGCAGGUGUCGGUGUCAUCAACGGGGGAGGACGGGAAGGAGGUUGCCAAGAUGGUCCUGGAUCACGAGGGCAACCCAGAGUGGAAGUGCAACACCUGUGAUUUCAGGGACAGUGAGCGAGAGACGGUGGUGCAACACGUGCGCCUCGCCCACACGCGCAAUGGCCCCGUGUCCCUCCUACAUGCUGUCCACCGCUGUGAUGUGUGUGGCUACGCUGCCGGAACCAAACGCGCUGUGCAGCUCCACAUUGACAGCAGCCACGGGGGCCAGGGCGGCAUCACCAGCCGCUGCGAAGGGCAAAACCCGGACACCAAAGAAUCUGGGGGUGACGCUGAGAAUGCCGAAUACAGUGAAAACGCCCGAACUUACCACUGCCGGCAGUGUCCCUUCACCUGCAAGAAGCGCAGCGAGAUGAAGCCUCAUUUGACCUACCAUACAGAACGCGCGGACUGCAUCUUCAAGUGCAUGUUUUGUCCCUAUUAUGUUCCUACAAGGAGUGAGUUGUUUGAGCACCUUCGAGUCCAUGGCAUGGAGGUGCCGUCAUCUGUAGUGGACGCCACCAACAAGAACAGCAGCUCACCCAUCUCAAGCCAGGAUGAUAUUGGAGGACCAAGGCAGUUCAUAUGCAGCGCUUGUCCCUUUGAAACAAGAAGUCGAGCCAAACUGAUGCAUCAUAAGCAGUUCCACAAACCCAAAGGUCUGCCAUUCCGUUGCCCGCACUGUACCUAUAAUGUUACCAGACGCCACUUGCUGUCUCAGCACAUCCGUGUUCAUGGGAUAGAGGAUACAUUGGAAGGAAAUGGAAAUGGGGAUAUGAGUCAGAUGGAUGAUCGCUCAAACUCCCCAUCUCCAUCUCUCACCAUCACUCCUGUUACCAAUGCAGCAACUGGAUCCUCAGGAGAGGACUCGGCACUGACUGACUCGUCCAAUCUCCCCAAACUGACGGACGAGUCCACCACUCGCAUGGAGGACAUCCCGCUGGUGUGGGUGUCCAGGGAUCAUCGGUUCUUCAAAAUGUUCAAGUGCCGACACUGCCCGCAUGUCAACCUUCGCAAGACCAACAUUCAGGAACACGAAAAAAUGCACAAGACAGAUAUAAGCAAAGAAGCUGGAGGACUCCAUUGCCCGUACUGUUCCUAUGUGAGUGUGAACGCUGGUGUCAUGUCUGCCCACCUGAAGGUGCAUGGAGGUUCAAUGGGACAGUGCCAUGCUGUUGUUGAUCCAUCCCUGAGUGAUGAAGAUCAGCUGAAGCAACUGACCUCCAGAGGACCUGCUGCUUCCACAGAGACAACUCAGGCAGCAGCAGACAAGUUAUCCAACUGGAAAAAUGACGAGAAGAUCUUGUAUUAUUGUCAGCGCUGUCCAGCAAGGUUCUUCUUGGAGAAAGAAAUCCAGAUUCACUCACGGUUCCACAACACCAGCCUGCCGCACACCUGUGAUCACUGUAACUAUGGCACCCGUCACCCUGCCCACCUCCUGACUCACCUUAAGGUGCACACACCUGAGUACCAGCAGCGCACGCGCUCCAUGAUGGGCCAGCACCGCACUGCCUCAAGCUACCCUCCAGUCCCAGGACUGACCAUUCCUCACGAACUUGCAGACUUAUCCGGAGAAAAGCACUCUGCCAAGGAGGCUGGAGGAUCAGGCUCCCGUCCAUUUUCUUCUUCACCGCCGCCUGCUCCAGGAGUCAUGCCACAGCCUCCACCUACCAGCAAGUACAUGUGUGAUCAGUGUCCAGCAACAUUCAGUAAGCUGGUCACUCUCCAGUACCACCAGUCCUUGCACGGGACCAAGAAUCCGCACCCUUGCCCUAAGUGUACAUAUGCUGGUAAGACUUGGGACUCCCUCCAGCAACAUAUUCUGCUUCAUAACCAAUAUGAUCAGAAUUGUCAAGCAGAAAAAGCUGCAAAUGAAUCUGCAAAGAAAGCAGAAGCUCAAAAAGCUCUUGAGGCAAGCCUGAGUUCAAAAAUCUCACAAAGGACAGAAAAGGAUAACAACACCUCAAGUAUUCCACCACUUAAGCUCAAACUUAUUGGACCACGACCAGGAACAGGAGAAAACAAUCAUGAUGGAAGCCGCCCACAGUUCAAAUAUUACGUUGAAGAGCAAGUUCCCCUUUCGGGUGUUGAUCUGCUGCGCCGCAAGACUCAAAUGGAGAAGGAAGGUGACAGACACUUUAGUGAUGUUGAAUAUAUGAUACGACCCCAUGUGUUCAGCAAGAGCAAAGGAAGGGAAGACAUGGAGGAGGAGGAUCCUAAAAGAAUUGGUGACCCUCAGCUCCAUUAUCCCCUUCACAUCGACAAGGUUACUGGAAAGUCUCGCGAAAAGCGCUACAAAUGCAGUAAAUGCCCCUCAGCAUUUGAGAAGGUGGAGCAGUACACUGUUCACACAAACCUUCAUGGCUCCAGCCACAAAUAUAGAUGUCGUAUCUGUGAUUACUCAGUCAAGUUCUAUGCCAACUUCAUGAUGCAUAUUAAGCGUCACAAGUACCAUGAAAGAAUGGAAGCGCAGACCAGCGGGGAAACUCCACCGCUAGACAAUGACUCAAAGUACGAGCCAAUUGUAUCAAAAGAAAACUCUUCUCAGGGAGAGAAAGUGGUAAGUAGUAAGACCCAGAAUGAAGAACAUUCAAAUAAGGAGAAUUUGGAAGAGGCUGACUUGACAACAAUAGAACGUCAGCAUCUUUUGUUACAAAACAAAAAGGGAGUUGGAGAGGCCCCAAAGAAGGAUGAUGAAAGAGAAAGAAGAGUGUAUUACUGCCAGUAUUGUCCCUAUGCUAACAUAAGGAGAGAUGCAGUAGACAGUCACAGUAUGAGGCAUCGUGCAAAUGGUGGAUUUGGAUCCUAUAAAUGCACCUUCUGCGAUUACACAGCCUCUCAACCCAAUUUCAUUCGUGAGCACACCAAAGUGCACUUCCGUCCUUUCAAGUAUGUUCACCCAGAAGGAUUCAUGCGCCAUGACCGACAGGAAAUAUUCAGCCUACCUGUUGGCUCAGGAACCAAAGCCGGCAAUAAGCAAAAGAGUGAUGGUAGUUCUCAGUCAGCUCCAGAAAAGUAUGUGAUAUAUUCCCACGAGGUGGGAAACGCCAACCCAGCUGAAGAGUCUGAAGGAGAAGAGGAGGAAAAUGUUAAUGCAGAGAUGGUUAAAAGUAUACAAGUGAAUUUCCACUCUGGAGAUAUAGUGGAAGCUCCUUUUGACUAUGUAGUAUCAUUGCGGCCCAAAUUCAAAGCUACUAGCUUCCACCUGGAAGCCAAUGACGUGACCAAUAAUUCCAGCGAAGUUGCCGAGAAGGUAGAGAGGAUGAAUCCUGAGGCUGCUGUGCCAAGUACUAGUGGAGAAAACGGUUCAGUGGGCACAGAGCAGGCUCCCCAGAAAGAUGAGAGCAUGGAAGUGGAUGAAAAUACAACUAGUGGAGAAAAUGAGAAAACUGAGAUGCCAACAGAGCCUUCUGGAGAACCAAAGAGUCUUGUUGAAGAUCACGACAUGGAAACUGAAUCCCCAGAAGACACUGAAAAUUUACAAAACGGGCAUGUAGAGGAAAUACAUGAAGUGACAAAACCUCCCGUAAAAAGCCAGGAAAAUGUAAAAGUGUCAGAGUCAAAGCUUAGUGAAUUGUCACAGCCUUUAGGGAAGAGCAAGGGAAGCACUCCGUCAGAAAGUUAAACAUGAAAUAAGCAACAUACAGUACAUAUAUUUUUGUGUGAAGGCUGUAAGUUCGUGUGUGUGUGUGUUUACUUUCAAAGUGUACAAAAGCACUCCAGACUUUAUUUAUUCAUAUUUUACUAUUGCAUUGGCAUUAUUUAUGACAGGUUUGGGAACUCGUCCUUACCUAAUUCCGGGUUUGUUUUCAGCCAAAGAUAAAAGAAUUAACUGAUAAUUCAGACUAAUUUUGCCUUGAAUUUUUCACAUGCAUCAUAAUUAUGUAUGUUGCAGUAAAGGAAAAUUGUUGCUUAUAAUAGUAUUUUCAGUACUACUACAUUGUGUGUGCAUAUAGGGAUGGUGGCCGCUACCCCCCACCAGUGUGUUACAGGACUUGGUGCUGCUAUGCUGGUGCCAUGUACGUCGUGACUGGAGAAUGUGUGUGUGUGUGUGUGUGUGUGUGUGUGUGUGUGUGUGUGUGUGUGUGUGUGUGUGUGUGUGUAAUGUAAUGUAUUCUUGCAUUUAAGUUACUCAUAGUCAUGGAAGUAUGGAUGGAAGCUUGGAUUUGUUCCCUUCACUACUGUACCUUUUCAAUACAAACUAUAGAUGUAACAAUGUGAUUCUAUAUAAUUUUCUACCACUGAAGUCAUGGUAAUAGUAAGGCAUUGCAGUGUGUUGUUGAUCAUACUUGGACUAUUUAAAACCACAAUUGACUAUUUUGUAAGGUACACCUGUAUAAAGAUUGAAUUUAUCUUUAGUCUGUAGGGUUGUUAUAUAUUUUGUUUUCCUUCUAUAGUUGGGGGAAGGAUUUCAGGAGUGUGGAAAUGUCCCCGCUGUGCGCCGCCUGUUUGCCGCAGCCCCGGGAUGUCUGCCACUUUUGUAAAGGGAAUUUUGUAUAAUCUAUUUUCACAAGAAUUUUUGUGCCGGA